UUCAAGAAAGUCCAAAACUUGUACUCUGAAAACAAAGUAAAAAGUAUCCACCAAGAAGAUAAGAAACCCAAGAGUCCAAUCCAAUUCCAACCACCAUUCAUGGCCUCCUCUAUGCUCUACUCUGUCCUUUUCCUCCUCCUUCACCAAUCCCUCUUCUCCACAGCCAAUCUCUUCCACAAAAAAGGCCUCUUUAGACAAGAGCUAGAUUUCUCUGAGUCUCAACACAAACCUCUCAAUGACACAACACCAACUCUCUUCUUUGAAGUAACAAAGCCCAUCAAACUCCCCAACACAAAGCCUUGUUCUUAUCACAUCCUCCAACAUGACUUUGGCUACACUUAUGACAAGCCACCAGUUCUUGCAAACUACACCCCUACCUCCCACUGCCCAUCUCAGAAGUUCUCCAAGAUUGUCUUGCAAUGGAAUGCAACUUGCAAAGGCAGGCAAUUUGACAGGAUUUUUGGGGUUUGGCUUGGUGGGGCUGAGCUAUUUCGUAGCUGCACAGCUGAGCCAAGGGCUACUGGGAUUGUUUGGAAUGUUGAGAAGGAUAUUACAAGGUAUUAUUCAUUGCUUAUGAAAAAUCAAACACUUGCUGUUUAUCUUGGUAACCUUAUUACUAGUACUUAUACUGGUGUGUACCAUGUGAAUAUAACUAUUCAGUUUUAUCCUGCUGAAAAAAAUGGUGUGUCCAAAUUGGGUGAUUUGGUGUCUAAAUACCAUUCCCCGGCUAAUUUGAUCAUACCCUUUUCGCAAAACUUACCAUUGAAUAAUGGGUUGUGGUUUGAAAUUGAGAACUCCACAGAUAUUGCACUGAGGGAAUUCAAGAUUCCACAAAAUGCUUAUAGAGCUGUGUUGGAGGUCUAUGUUUCAUUUCAUGAGAAUGAUGAAUCUUGGUAUUCGAAUUUAUACAAUGAGUACAUUGAGGCGAAUAAUAUUACAGGUGUAGCAGGAAAUGGACCUUUUAGGGAGGUUGUGGUUUGUCUUGAUGGUCAGGUGGUUGGUGCCAUUUGGCCUUUUACUGUCAUUUUUACUGGAGGGGUUAAUCCCCUCUUAUGGAGGCCAAUUACUGGUAUUGGAUCAUUCGAUCUUCCUUCUUAUAAUAUUGAAAUCACACCAUUUUUGGGCAAGAUAAUAGAUGGAAAGAGCCAUAAGUUUGGGUUUAGUGUGACGAAUGCAUUAAAUGUUUGGUACAUUGAUGCAAAUUUGCAUCUUUGGUUGGACAGCAAGACCACAAAAAUUGAUGGGAAGAUUUUGGAGCACGUUAGCUCGCCUCUUGUUGUUUCUUUGGUAUCUGAUUUCAAGGGCUUAAAUGGAACGUUUUUGAGUAGUGUAAGCAGGUCUGUAUCCUCCACUGGAUGGGUGAUGUCCUCCCAUGGGAAUAUCACUACUAAUUGGAUUCAAAACUUUAGUUACAAUAAUUCAAUGCUGAUAGAAAGCAAUGGAGAUUUGCAGAUUGUGAAUCAAACCAUCCAUUUUAAUGACAGUGUUCAUGCAAAGUUGCCAUCAUCUUCUGUUUUCUCAACAGAAUCCCACAAAAAAUUCGACCUUUAUUCAUACUACAACGAAUUAGAUGAAGGAAAUGGAACUUCUGUAUCGAGUGAAAAUGUCACUUUGGGAUUUUUUGAAAAGAAGUCUAAGGAUGUUGGUUUUGGAUUCUCAAAGUGCUCUCUUGAAAAUGUGCAGAAUGGACAGGGCAAUAUGGCUGUAAAGAACAAUUUGGUGGUAAGUGGAUUAGGCAGUACACAACAAGUGUACAAAUAUGAUGGCAGCGAUUUUUGUUACUUCAGAAAUGUAAGCAGCUCGAAUUAUACCAUCCUUUAUGAUGAACUGGGAAACAUAUGUCAUAAAGGAACAAGGUCUAAUUCUGGUUUUAGGUUAGGCAAUAUGCAGACUUUCCCUGCUUGAAGGGCUUUUCUUGCACCCAGUUUACUUCAUAACAGUAAAGAAGUUUAGAUUUUUUGUUUUGUUUUUCCAAUAGAUCAUGAACACUCUUAAUUAAUCCAUUCAAAUAAUUAAAAAAUUUGUAGGCCGAAACAGGGUCGUCGAAAAUGAAUCAGGUUUGCAUAAGCAGUAUCCCUCAUUAUAAUGGGAGGUUCUGAUGAAAGUGGUGAUCUUUUUGUGUUUUGUAAAACGAAGUUGCAAAAUGAAAUUCUUUGUUGAUACCUCUUGAAAUUCUUUGUAUCUUAAUGCUAAUGAAGUUAUUUUCAAUUAUAAAUA